ACCUAAUUAUUUGGAAUGUAUGGAUAUAAAUUAUUUUUCGUUUCUUCGAGGAAACCUACAAAAUCCUCUUACUCAUUAAUUACUAUCACAGCUAUGUAACAAAAUGAAUAAUCAAGGAAUUUUAAGUUAUUUAUCGAAAUCAAAAAAGUGUGUACAAGGUGAAAACAUUCAUAGUGCGUUUACAACCACAUUAGGGACGUAUACAAGGAGUCAAUGCCCGAUUAUAUGGAGCAAAAUGUUCAUGUCAUUCAAAAUGGUUGUCUGCCUCCAAAGUGAUCAUGUUUGUGAGCUAUCACGCCUAACCCUCGCCCCACCGGUGGGGUAGGACUCACAGCCUGGCACAGAACGGUACGCGGUACCAUUCAUUUCUUUGUAUUUUCAAUUUGUUCAACAUAUCUGAGCUACGUACUUAAACUGAGUUGAAUGUCGCGAUCUGAUCAUUAAUAUUUUUAUUACCUACUGGCCUCUGAUUGAUGGAUGAUUUCAGAAUUUGAAAUAAAUUUUUCUAUGAACGAAAUAUACCGAUAUUUCUACCUUUGUGUAAAACAUUUGUUCGACGCGGUUUAAAUGAAGUUGGUGAAAGAAAAAUAAUCUUUUGCACGUUUUGGUUUUUUGCUCGUUAGGUUACGUAUAAAAUAUUGUUAAGCGUGUUUCUAGUGUUGUGGUUAUCCGCAACAACUGUGAAUUUUCCUUUUGUCGGCCGCGUAAAGAAAGAACUGCCACGUGCAGUUCACUGGUUAUAUAGAAAAAUACCUUAUCUCAUACCUUCGAAGGAAAUUUUGAUGUAUCGCGCCGCAUUCCCUACGGUAAUACAACAAAAUAUAACUUAGGUGCUUAUUUUUGUACGUGGGCAAGUCCUUUGUACCUCGUAUUUUGGCGGAAAGCCAAGGUGAAACGGUUGGUUUUAACCGAAAGCCGAACGUUUAGGCAUUUAGCUAAAAACAAUCUAUUGCAAACACCUGUGACACGAGAGAGUUGCGCUUAACGAUGUUUGUUCGUGUGUCUGUAUGUGUGUGCGCGUGAUUUCCGUAUCUCUAACAUUUUACGAGUGAACUCAUUCAAUAUUGUUUGCAUGUGAGUUAUAAAAUGUUUGAAUUGAUUCCCAUACUGAAAGACAAAACUACAUAACGUCGGUGUUACACGGUAGGAAAAGUUUACCGAUAGUAAAAUAUUAUAGUUAUUUGUAUAACGACGUUUUCUCGUUUAUUACGCCCGUUCUCAUAUAAAUUUAUGUAAAGAAGAGAUUAUUAUCUGUUUUUGCUAAGAUAAAGUUAGGUACUACCUGUAAUUCAAGUAAAUUAUUGAUAACGUUUUUCUUCAGACAAGAAAAUCUACUUAAGCAUUCUGAGUUACGCGUUGAUGGUAUAGGGCAUGGGAUAAUUCAAGUCAUAAAUAGUCAAUAUUAUUUAUAAUCGAAUUGAAACCGUCAUAUUUAGGGAACAAGGUGUUAUAUACAUUGACACAGUGACACAAUUUGAUUUAAAAUACACCUACCUACGAAAUCCAAGAUUCUAUUCAAGCAAGAUCAUGUAAGCUACACAACUUUAUUAGCGUAAAAGAUCGUCAUCGUAUCAUCUUUAUAGGUAAAAGGUUCGCAAAAAACUAAAGAUAUUUCAAACCGGGAUUAUCGAAUUUCAUGUCAGUGAAUUGAUUCUGAUCUAAGGACGCAAAAUAUGCGCAAAAUCUUAUAAAGAAAAAUCUUUUCAAUCUUCGGUAAUAAUGGAACUUUCCUACAAGAUACACUCAUACUUACAUUUCCUUAUCUAAAAGGAAUAGGCCUUAAACAUGUUUACCAAAGAUAUUGAAUAAGUUCAAAGCAAAAAACUGUCCCAAAAUGUAACUUGGCCGUCCUACAUCGCCGGGUCUCGGACUAAAAAAGUCAUAAUCUUUAUUGGGACAAAUAAUAGCAUAUCGAUAUUAAAAACUAACAUUGACUUCGGUAUCAAUGGAACCUUUCCCUUUUCCAUACUCAUUUUAAAUAGAAAAUAAGAUAAAGACCUUUAUCGUAAACUUUGAUGGAUUGGAAGGCAAAUAGGUUUACUGUUCAGAGAACUUGAAAGCCGUUUUGAUAAGGAGGGUGCUUCGCCCUUUCCAUUGAACCUUUGCGUCCGGUCGCGCCGGUCGCCCGUCCCGGUCGCCGGGCGCUCGUCCGUCUCACGGCUUAUGAUUUCAAUAGGGGUCUCACUCGGCUGGCUUUGAACAAACCCCAGAUAUAGAUAGCACGAAUUAAAUGUUUGAAACUCACCGAUUCCGACUAGUUCCUCCUGUUAUUAAUGUUUGUUCCCUUUGAUCUUGCUGAUGCGCAUUUGGAUUUAGAUUAUUUUGGUUGGAAACAUAAUAUUCAAAGCGAAUAGGUUUCAUUUGGGGUGUACACAAAAUGUACCAUUUUAGUUUUGAUGUUCAAAGAAAUAGUACAGUGAAUACCUACCUGGUUGCUCUAUACGCAAAUAAAACGAGUUGAAAUUCGAUCCGUUUUGUUUAAGCAUUUGUAAAACAAUUUAUGAGUACAUUCCGAAUCAUGAUCCAGAAGUAUUCGCAAAAAAUACAACCGAAUUAUGAACCCCCUCUUUCUUCAGUCGUUUCUAAGAAUAAAAAGAUUUAGUCAAAGAAUCAAAGAUAACCUCAUAGCUUCAAAGACACAUUCAAAGCUUAUAUUUUAUAUUUCCCAAUUUCCUGGACUUAUUUUACGAAACACUCGGAUUAAAUAAGAUUUCCGAGAUCACUUUCGCUUUUCCCUUCUUCUUAAAUGUAAAACGAAUUUAGUCCAAUAUUGAUUCAGUGUUAAUAAACUAAAUUCCGUGAAUACUUUUUAUGCGUCGGUUUUAAAUGGCGUUACUUGAUAAAAAACGUGUUUUAUAAGAUUUACGAGUCAUUGCUAUAAAAAUAGAUGUAAAACGAAUUAGAAUGUAAUAAAAAGUGUUAUCCCAAGGCGUCACGGGGUUACAAAGCAAAUAUUUGUUUACAACAAGAUUGAGUGGACGUGGUCCGUUUUGCUUGGCUGCGCUUGCGACGCGGGGAGCGCACGGCCCGUACCACGAGCUCUUAAAAUACAACUGAUGCUGUUGUUGAAGUGAGAUGGCGCUAUACAAACCAAAUAGCGGUGUCUUGCUUCCACAACCGCAAAAGUCCUACUUUAAAAGUUCAUAAUACAGGCACAGGAAACCAAACCAAUUUGAUAUCAGGUUAGUAUUAGUUUUUAUUGUCAUGUUUCCGGAAAUAUGACAAUAAAAUGUAUACGCUUCCUUAGGGAGGUAAUUAUAAUGUCUUCUUGGAUUAAAACGUAGGGGAUCGGCAGGAAGAGGUAGUGACAACGUUGAUGUAUGAUAGUAAUAAAAUUAUCAGAUUUUUUGUACGAUUUAUAAAUAUUAGAUCCAGCAUAUCGGGGAGUACACAAACAGACCGGGGGGCUUUUUGUGUAGGGUGACGAAUAGAAAACAGAUUUGAGCACGUAGAUUUGUUUAUUUACUUAUGGAAUAGAUGAUUGCUGUAUUAUCAUUCAUAGAUAUAUAUGAAGGCAAUUUGAAGGAGGGAUUCCUUGCCUUAGUCGGCUUUGAGACCCCAUCACUAAUAAUAAUAAUUUUGCUAAUAGAUUUAGAAGUAAUUAAGAUAUUUAAUAACCUACUGAGAGCAGAUAAUACUUCACUAUGAUUGAAGUCAGACAAGCAUCGGUUAACUGGAUUGUUUUCUAUUGAAUUAGAGAGUUCAACUCAACUGACCUAAAAAGUUGAUUGUUUAGUAGUUAGCACAGUUUGCAACGGAGCUCAUUUCAAUUAACAUUAUUUUCUAACGUUUAUUUGUUGUUCACUUUUUCCCUAAUUAGGUUUGAUGUACAUUGAUGUACUUGCGUGGUUUUCCCAAGCUUUAAAUACCUAAUAUAUUUUAUACCUAGCAACUUCGAAUUUCAUCACCCUUACGGUAGUAAUUGCGUAACACAGUGUGGUAUCGUAUCUCAUCUCAUAUUCUCGUCAAGUCAAUCCCUUAAUAAAAUGAAUCCCUGUAAAACUUUAGCUUCAAGUCUAACCAAUUAUUUAUCAACGCCAAAUCUACAUUCAUAAUUCAUUUCGUCGCGCUAAACUGCCUAAACUCCCAAAUCAUCAUAAAUUCCAAUUCCGAAGUUCGGGAACCGAGAUGUAUCAUUAAGUUGGUCCGACACAAAUCCAUUUCAAUAAUUUAUAUCAAUCCCUAUGAUUGCGUUCCUCAUCCCUAUACUUUCUCGCAGCCUCUAUAAUUACCUCUUUAUAUUCGCUCUGCUCCGGACCAAAGGGUUUGUUCAAUGCUUUAGGCAAACCGAGCAAUUAUCACAUCGCCGCCGGACAGUUCCCACGGGAUGGUAAAAUUUGUAACUUACAUACAAACGUGUCGAACCUCGCGGCUCACACUUUUUGUAACAUUAGGCUCGCAGUAGGAUAUUGUACCGCGGUCACUCUUGUUACGAAGCCUUAGAGCGCAUCCUUGCGACCGAGUCUCCGCUUUCCUUUACAUUGCUGCCUUCCUUCCACUUAGACUAAUGUAGUUCCCCGUGUUACGGGAGAUGGGUGGAGUGCACAAGAAAGUGGGCGUUCGGGUUUCAAGUUACAAUGACGCAGUACUGGUUUUGUUUGCUCAAGACGCGCGCGAUCGCGUGAGAACCUUCUGAACUGCAUGGGCGUGACAUCGGACUCUUUUUGUACUAUUUUUUCUUUUGUAUGGCUAAUGUUGAACUGGGCAUCGGUAAUAGCUAUCGAGCCAGCGUUCCGACGUGACUGUGACAAUGCAGUUCGUAACAUUGUGAAGAUGAUUUUUAUAUUUCACGAGAACAUAAUACUGCCAUAGUACACUUACACAACACACAUUGUUUUCCAUGAAUAAUUAUAGUGUGGAAUUUGUAAAGAAUUCGUGUGUAAGCAAACGGUUAUUGACGAUUGUAUUUGCGUUUCGUCACACGCUGAUUUCGCGCCAAUUAGUUGCGCUUUUUCAAUCGUAUUUACUUUCCGCCUGCUUACUUACAGACAGAAACGAAAAACUUGGCAAGUCAAGCCUGUUUGGGGCAGGAUUCCGUAAUUGAUUGUCCGCGUGGCUAUUAAAAAGACAUUAGACGUGACCGUUUGUUUGGUUAGGUGGUAUAAUGUAUUGUAACAAUACAAUGAGGACGGUCUGUUUUCAAUUUCCGAUGUUAUCGCUGCGUAAUAGUUAGGCGAGCACUUUCCCGGUGUUUGCCGAUGAGUUGUGAGCUACUGAAUAUGUAUCGAUUGUUUAUUUGGAAAUAUGAUCUAGCUGCAUAAACUGCGGCGCGAUAUAACAUUAACAUUAGUCAACAGUGAGUUGUUUGUAAACCAAGUGAUAAUCUGCAGCGCUGGUGCACGCUCAGCGCAUGCAUGGAUGCUUACGUAUGCCGUGCAAAGGUUCAUAGAGAUGCCGACGUACACGGAGGUGAACCCUGGUGAAGAUGCUCUCCUCAAGUGCAGGAUAUCAGACAAGAAAGGAGUUUGUUCGUGGCAGAAGGAUAACAAGCCAGUUGGGAUAUAUCGCGGCAAGUACGAGUGGGCUAAUGAGAACAGUCCGGUGGGAGGAGACUGCUCGCUGUGGGUGCGCGCCGCCACGCUGCAGCUGGAUGACGGCCAGUGGCAGUGCCAGGUCACCGCCAGCAACUAUGACGUACAGGACGCUCUAUCGAGUCCCCCGGCGGCGCUUGCUGUCCGAGUCCCGCCCCAGUCCCCAAGGAUCCUGUUCAACGGGUCCCACGUGAUGCCGGGGCAGAACAUCACGGUGCCCGCCGGGAACAGGGCCACGGUCGUCUGCGAGGCACGCUACGGCAACCCCCCUGCAUACAUCGAGUGGUAUCUAGAAAAAGAGCGUCUGACGGCCUGGUCUCAGACCAAUGCGUCUGAAGUGGAGAGGCCUCGGGUCUGGGCGGCCAGGUCUGUGCUGGAGCUGGGAGCCACGCGGUCCGCGCACGGACGGCAGCUGUCCUGCAGGGCGCACCACCCGUCGUACCCCUCACCAUAUUAUAGGGACUCUUACACCAUGCUUGAUGUUACUUUCGUGCCGGUAGUCUCCAUCGUGGGUGGUGACGCAAGCACUCUCGCGAACUUGGAAGAAGGUUCUAGUGCCCUCACUCUUGAGUGCAGAGCUGACGGGAACCCCAGCCCAUACGUCUGGUGGACGAAGAAUGGCCAGGUCAUCGCUACUAAUGGAGCCAAGCUGAUUUUAGCACCAGUCUCAAGGAAUCAUUCUGGUAUCUACGGCUGUCAAGCAAGAAACUCUUUAGGAACAUCUGAUUCGGUGAAGAUUGAAAUUGACAUUAAAUAUCCUCCUCGAGUGAUAUGGGUGGGGCCUGACACCGUGGUGGAAGCAAACCUGUUCUCUCAGGUCACACUGGACUGCAAAGCUGAAGGCAACCCUACACCUACCUACACCUGGUACCAUAACCCAGCGUCUUCAGCCCGCAUCAACUCUCUCCAGGACGGAGCGUACCCGAUCUCGAUGACUCCUCAGAUGCAGCUGCACAAUGUAUCCUACGACCAGCAUGGACGGUACACCUGCGUCGCUACCAACCAGAUUGGACUUGAAGACAGGAGCCACCAAUCAGAAGCAGUAACCCUGAACGUGCUGGGCCCACCGGUGGGCGCGGAGAGCGGCGCAGCCCAUGCGUGGGCGGGGCACGAGGCUCGCGUGGCGGCCUCUGUGUGCGCUGACCCACCGCCGCGCCGCGCCGCCUGGCUGUGGGGCAGUCUGCGUCUAGACGUGCCAUCACAGAUUGGUCGCUACCGCUCUCUAGAGCCUGCUACAGACGGUGGUUGCUACCGCUACACGCUACUUAUCACCGGCGUAGGCGUCUCUGACGCAAGGAUCUACGUGCUACGAGUCGAAAACGAGAGAGGCUCAUCCUCUCAUGCUGUUUCACUCACCGUUCACGAUAAUUUUUCGCUAACAGAGACAGCGCACGUCGCGCCGCUAAUAGCCGCUGCGUUAGUCAUCGCCGCGUUAUUAGUCAUCGUGCUGUGUCUCAUCCUGCGAUGUCGGAGACGAAGAGAAAGCGUGGAGUAUAAGACUGAAGAUUUAGAUAGCGAGAAAGCAGCGCUCCCAGCGGAUGCGGUGUAUACUCCGCGGGAAGCUCCUCGAGCCCUGACUGGGUCCAUAGCGGGCGUAGGGGGUGCGGGCGUGGGGCCAGGCGCGGGCCCCGGCGCGGGCCCCAUGGGGCCGGCGGGCCCCGGCGCGCGCUACUCGCCGGGCGCGCUGCAGGUGCGGCGCGCCGCCGUCGUGCUGCAGCCCCCCACCACCGUGUGACCGCCGAGCACAGGCAGCUUUGUCGUCGCUGGAGAGAGAAGCCAAAGAGAAUGUAUACGCGGUGCUAGACCCGCACAUUCAAUACGAAAUUACGAUUAAUAAGCACGGAGAGCCGCCUAAGUAUUUAUCCUUAUCGAAGCCGCUAACUCACCAAAGAACCCACGCCUUUGACCCCCAAAAUGUAAACGAGAUCAACAAUAACGACCAUUACGAUAGAUUCUCCUCUUUCAAACCAGGACCCCCAAAAGCCAGGAGAUCCAAUAGAAGCAACAACCAAAACUACGUGUGCAAAACAAAUAAUGACAUACAAUACUCCAAAGACCCCCACUUUGGUAAAGUUAGAAGUACAGAUACGAUAAAUCAUAAUGCACAAAAAUACAACGAACACAGAGAUUCCAAAAAUUAUAGCCGAAUGUUCGAGAGGAAUAACUCUGGGAGGAAAGAGAACGAGAGAAGGUACCAGGAUGACCUGGCAAAGGAUCUUCAGAACUCAAAAAGAUCUUCGAAUCGUAGUUGGAAAGGGACAAGGGAAAAAGAACGGUCUUUUGAAGAUUAUACUGAAGGAAACAGGAAACACGAUGAUGAGGAAUUCAAGCCGAAGCCUGGGAAGGUCAGGGAAAUAGCAUCAAAAUUCAACAAGUACAGUUCUGGGAAUGUUACUCUGAGUACAAAGAAGGACCGGCCGAAACCCCUGCAGAGCUACGGCCACCAACCUUACCUCGACCACGUGUUCCCUGAUGCUGUUGAAAUAUGAAAUGAUUUGCUUCGACAUGACAAGCCAGAUCUCCGUUUAGUUAGUGUAACAUAAGGACUAGAUUUCUCACUAUACUUAUUUAUUAAUGUAGUUUUGCCAUAUUCUUCUAGGUGAUUAAUAUGACUCGUGUUGAGUCGCAGACAUUUUGAAAUAAUUCAGCAUGUAGUAUUGUACAUAGAUGCGCUAUUAGAAGCACAUACACCUUUAUGCACGCCGGGUGCGACGUAAACUAGGAUAAGGAAAUAUGUAGAGAUGCCUGCAUUCAAAAUAUAUCGAGUAAUGUUUUAACUUUGAAUGAAUUUAUAGUGUAUUAUGAGCUCCUAAGGCAGGCAGAAUUAUCUGAGCGAGAUGGCAAUAAACGGCAUCUCUCUCACAUAAUGUAAACGGUCCUUAUAAAUAAGUUACAUUUCUAUAGAUGCUAGCAAACCGAAAAGAAUAAUAAUGACAUUUUUUAUUCAGUCACGUGACUUAGAUCUGUCAUUUUCAUACAUUUAGAGCUAUGAUACAUCAGUGCUAAAAACGUCGAAAUGUAAUUUGGCCAAAAGCCAGUGUUUCAAGAGCUCUUAAUAUUUAAUACAUGAUAAAAAAUAUUAACGGUUGAUAAAUAUUUCGUGUAUUAUAUGACUUUUUGUACUUACGAUGCAUUUAAUUGUAAAUAGUAUUUAGUUAUUGUACUACUUCGCCUGUCAUAUUAUUAAGAGUACAGUUUGUUACAGAUUAUUUCCAAGUGUGUAUAGACUUUAUUAAUUAUGUUCUAUAUUGUUGAAUUUUAACAGUAUUAAAAUAAUAAUUUACA